AGUCCAUAGGAAGGUCACAUUUCACAUUUGAAAACUAUCUCACAGUUUUUGCGCCAAUUUUAGGACAAUUUUUAAUUAUUUUUGCUGACUUCCCAAUCCAACCUUUUUUUCUGGGGAGUGGCUGCACUGGUUCACUGUCGUCAAAGAAAUGUUACUCCGCACCGUUUUUUUGAAAACCUACGUAACAGCUCGUUCUGAUCGUAUUCAUCUGUCAAGUUUUGAAGUGUGGAAAAAAAUGUGUCCUUCGGCUUGUCUUUUUAUUUACCCUAAUGAACCCACCAAAAACGAUAAUUGAGAAAGGGAAGUUAUUCUACAUGAUAAGUACACAUCCUUCAUUGCAUGUUAAAAAUCAAAUAAUGUCCUGUAAGAUAAGGCUAGAAACGAAAAAACGUUGAGAUUGUCCUUCGGCUUGUCCAGCGCUCAUUUGUCCUUCGACUUGGCCAAAUUUCAGACAGCUGUGCUUUUAUCGCGCUAGUCGAGAUAUUACACGAUAAUAAAAGCAAAAUUUGACAUUUUCUCCCUCCCCAUGCCUCACCUCCACCCCUACCAAAAAAUAAAUCCAGAUUCGAACUGUGUGGCCUCGAAAACAUAGUUAUAUCCACAUAUUACACGAUAAUAUAAGCAAAAUUUGACAUUUCCCCCCUCUCUACGCCUCACCCUCAACCUCUACAAAUAAAAUAACUCCAGAUUCGAAUUCUGCGACCUCAAAAACAUAUCAAUCGAUGUAUUACCCAUCGAUGAGGGUCGAAUUCUAAUUAUCACCGUUUUAGGGGGGCCAGGGCCACAGUGGGGGGAUUGAAUUGAGGCCAACACUACAAGAGGGAUCUGGGACACCUAUACAAAUGAUUCCCACUUGAAAUUUUCCAAAAAAAUGAUUUUUGUUUUUCAAAAUUAUGCACAUCAAAAUUUACCCUUUUUUUGAGAAUUACCCAAGUGUAAAAUUUUAGGAACCGUGUAAAUGUUUGCUGGUGGACGGAUUUAUUGAAAUUUCAACUCAGCCACUCGGCACUCUAAAAACACGAAUAAUGAGCAAAUACAACGAUUUUAGUGUAAAUUCUACAGGCAUCGAGAAAAAAAGAAAGAAAAAAAAACACUGUAGUAAAGUAAGAUAAUAUGUAGGUGGAUAAACAAAACGAGAAAUCUGCCAACUAACAUUUAUCUGAAUGAAAUUUCACCACACAGGAUAUCCAUAUCAACAACCAAAGGAUAUUCGUUGUUUUAAAAAUAAUGAAUAUCGUUCCUGUGAUCUCGAUAACGAUGGAAAUUCAUACAUGAAGAUUUCAGAAACUGAUUUAAAAGAACAAUCAAAUUACACUUUCAACAUAUGCAAUACGAAUGGUUGUAUUAAUGAUACCUUCAACGCCGUACAUAUGACUGAAAAUGACACCGCUGAGCUGGAAGUAACUUCGCUUCAAAGUUAUACACAAAUUUGCUGUUAUGAUCCGUCAACAUCAGUUUGGGAUGCACGAUGGGUGUUCUGUGAGAAUGAAACAGAAAUGAUCCUCAAAGUAAGACAAUUUCUCAACACACAAAAUACAUAAUGAAUUAAACGUAGGCAUACUACCUCAAGCGGUCUGCGGUAAAACGACACGAUGAUGAGAGUAUAGUGAUAGGUACUUUGAGUGGCAUAGGUAGUAUGAUGUAUGUCUCGGGUGAAAAUCAGGCAUCGUAGCACAGGUCGUGUUUUUGUAUUAUUUGCGAAAUGACCGAAGCAAUUUUUAAUUUUGUAUUUCUUACACGAAAAUCGUACAUUUUUCAAUAAGUAUGUAAGUAGGUAUACCUACAUUGAAUGUCGUGUGUACCAUAAUCCAAACUGGCCGGACCACGCUUUCAACUGUGCACAACCAGGAUUGUACAAAAUACGAAACAACAGAAAAGAAGUGUAUAAUUUUGGAUAUUCAUGGUCCUUGAUUUUGUAUUGUGCGAAUUGGAUUUUUAAGAACGAAUUCAGAAAGAAGAUAACUUAGCUGUGUGUGGUUAUUGUAGCCUCAUCAAGAACUACAUCGCCAGAUCGCACCGCUAAUGGAGCUGCGCGAUUCGCUACUCAGGUUCACAUCUUCCACUUAUGGUGGAAGCUGCGGGCGCACAACCUACUGGUACAAAUUUCUUUCAAAUUGUAGUAAUUUGAACGGGUAAUCGACGAAAAAAUCUCCUCAUUGCUUCUGCCCCUUUUGUCAAUGAAUUGAUGAGAUGAGAAAGCCCAUUUUGACAAUGUUAUCUUGUAGUACAAUCAAUGUGUUUGGCAGUUAUAUCUGGGGAGGUCAAGAAAUGUUUGCAUGUACAAGUACAACAAUAUUCGCAAGAUUAUUCGUCAACUAUUCAUUGUAUUUUGUAUUUACCACUUUUUUUUGUCAUAAUUGAGCUUUUUGAACAUUAGGUAUCUUUUCCUUAUUACCAUUGUGGAAAUCGUUAUGAUAUGAUCCUACGUUUCAGCAGUCUAACCGAUGGUACAGUAUUUACAAUGUUGUACCUAAUUAAGCAUAGAUAUAACAAAUAGUGAAAAGUUUUACAAAAAUGGUGUUUUUUUCAUCUGUUUAAAAUUAUGGCAACAUUUUUUCAAUAUAAUUAUAUGUUUCAUUGCAAAAUCAUAGCCAGAAAAACUGCAUUAAUCGUAAAUUCGUUGGCAAUGGAGGGAGGUGGGAGAGGAGAUUUUUUGACAUGAUUGUCUACAUAUCGGUGAAAUAUUUUUAAAAUGCAAAAAUAUUCAUUUUCUAGGUUCCUGUUUUUGUUUAAACUUGUAAUUUUUUUCUCUAUCGAUUUUUUUAGGUUUUUGAAAGUGGCAACACUAAUUUUGACAUCAUCCGUCGAUUACCCUUUCAAAGAAAUACAAUUUGAAAACAGUUUAAAAUUCUACCUAUACCACGUACAACCAGAGCAAUUUGCAACUGAAAAUUUCCAUUUUCGGUCAUUUUGGAGAACUUUCCUGAGUUCCACAUCUCCGUCAAAAAAAAUCGAAAAAAUGUCCAGUUUGCGUCAUUCGUCAUCGUUUGAUGACCUCUACAUGUGAUCUGAUUUUGAAAAAAAUCGAAGACCCCUGGUGCAAAAAUCCGCCGAUUUCGCAUGGAAUAACCUACCUGAACAUUAAAAAAUGAAAGUAUUAUUGUUUUAUUAAAAUCGCCAGGAAUUAAAAGUUCAGCCAUAUUAUACUGCUUGUUGGACUCUGUCUGAGGCACGUACAGGUACAUAUAAAACAAAAAAGCUGGUGGACACAGAAUGGCAGACGAUUUGUACAUUUCAUUUGAAAAUCAGCAAUGUCACAACGAUUAUACCAUCCACAAUCACCCUUAAUAAUUUUUCAACAAAUCAAGCUAAAUCCACAACUGAAAAUAUUCUGGGUACGUUAACUUUCAAUAGGCGACGGUACGAAUAAUUGCAUUUUCAAUUUGGUACCUACUUGGUGAUAAAAGGAAAGGUAUCUAUGCGAAUUUCAGAAACACGGAAUGUGAAGUUCAACUCAUCCACAAUCAUCCGCAAUUCAACUAACCAGGCUACAACCAUAUCAGAAAAUACUCUCGGUGCGAUUCCUUUCAAUACUUGUUUAGAUAAUAAUUACGCUCUCUAUCGGUAUUAGUUACCAUUUACCUCGUCUGUAUAUUUUCCCUUAUCUCUCUAUCAGUCCACUAUCAUCCGAAUGUGUAUCAUAACGUGUAAAUAUAGCAAGUAUGCUUUAAUGAGUAUUUCUUUCUUUUUUACUCGAAUAUACGCCAAACAAAUGGUCCUUCUGGCCGGAUAUCAGUUAACUCGAUUAUUAAUCACUCGUUUCUCUCGUUUAAAUCAAUUAAAGUGCAAUCGCGUAUGUGUUUUAAUUGAUCUCGAACAUCUCUCGGAAAACGAAAGUUUUCACCUCGUCACCUCGUUUACUCGCUCCUGUGUUCCUGUCAAGGGAAAUCUACCCGAAACCAACUCGAAUUCGACUCGUUCCAGCUUCAUUCGAAUCAACCUGUAAGUCUUUCAUCGUAAUUUACUUCGUUGUGCUGAAAAAAGCUGGCAAUUUCUGCUGUAAAAAACCAAAAAGCAGCAAGCUUCGACAACCCGGUGCUGUUACAUUGUUUCACAACGCCGAUACGUUCGAACCCCGCUCGCCGCACCCGCCAGCUCGCCGAAAAUCACCGUACCUCGUCUUACCUCGCCUAUCAACGUUCCUGCUACACACACGCUCGUCGCUCCGCACCCCGGACCUUGUAUCAGCAGCAGCAACGCUCGUUUCUCGUCGUAUCAACUCGGAAAUCGCCGUACGAAGCCAGUACUUGUUGUUAUCACGUACUGAAACGUACCCCUCGCCGCGCCUACUCUGUAAAAGGCUCACGCAACUCGUUCCUCGCAGUUUCUGCUGUUAUCAACGCAGAAAACACGUAAAUAUUCUCGCUACCUCGCAUUCUCGACUCGCCUUGAUCAAUAGAAAUUAUUCAUCAUGCCAUCUGAUGAUGAAGAUUUUGGAGAUCUGACGUAUGAUCAGUGUACACGUAACAAACGACUGCUGACCAAAAAUCUGAACUAUGAUCAAGCUGAUGCACUAGCUAAAUUGAAUGAACAACCAUCGCAAGAUUUAGUUCAUCAAAUUGGUGCUAUACUCGAUUCGUGGUUGAAACAGCUUAGAAAAUUAGAAGCUCUAGACCAGCAAAUUCUCGACCUACUCGAUCCUAAGGCCUACAAAGAUGCCAAAGAGCUGGAAAAGGCUGAAGAUGAAGUUGUGAAACCCUACAACGAUUCUCGAAAGAAAUUCAACGAAGCCAAAGGUUUGUUGAGUGCAAUGGCAGCUCGCAUCAACAAAGCUGAUCAAGCUGCUCAGCAAAUGGCUAAAGCUCGUAAAUCCAUGGAUUCGUCAUUCAUUGGUGAAAAUAUGCUCGGAAACCCGCUCGCUAAACUACCAGACAUCAAAGUGCCUAAAUUCGAUGGUGAUAUUACAAACUUCACAGAAUGGCAUUCGAUGUACGUAGCAUUGGUUCAUUCGAACGAUAUGCUGCAACCAGUGCAUAAACUCUUCUUCCUCAAAGGUGCUCUCAUCAAGGAUGCCGAAUACCUCCUCAAAGAGACACCAGUAAAAGAGGGUAUGUACGAACUCGCAUACCAAGCAGUAUUGACCGAAUAUUUCAACGUUCGAGCCAUUAUUGCUGCUCAUUUUGGUAAAUUACUCGAUAUGCCGUCAAUUACGUCAUCCACGUUACGCGAUUUGAUCAGUAAAAUUCGAGCACUUAUCAGAGGUUUACAAACAUGCGAUAUCGAUGUUGCGAAGAUGUCUCCUCUCAUAACGUUCAUCACUGUUCGAAAACUGCCCGAAAAACUUCGAAUAGACUGGGAAAACAGCAACCUAGACUAUUCCGCAUAUCCCUCGUUCGACUCACUCGAUAAAUUUCUCAGCGCUCGUUGUUUUGCUUACGAAACAGCCAAUCUGAUGUCUUCUACCUCGAAAGCGACACCAGAAAAAACAAACGGCUCUUCAAAGAAGACAAAAUCUACGUUGGCAGUCUCGAGUCCUUCCAGUACUUCGCCGCAGACUACUCAACGAACUCCCUCGACUGUGCUGAAAUGCUUCGACUGCGGAGAAGCGCAUUACCUCUUGCAGUGUCCGAAAUUUCAAGCAAAGAACGUUACAGAUCGCGAACUGUACGUUACCUCGAAAAAACUGUGCAAAAAUUGCUUGCGUCCUGGACACACUAGCAACGUUUGUCGCUCCUCAAAAUGUCGCACGUGUGAAAAGAAUCAUCACACUAUGCUUCAUCCCGAAUCAAAACCAGACCCGAAAUCCGAUGACCAGACAAAAGCAGUAGUAGCAAUUCGUUCUGGUAAGGAUGUUCUUCUGCCUUCUGCUGUCAUCAAUGUGCAAAUUGGCAAGAAAUUUGUACUCGCUCGUGCCUUAAUCGACUCGUGUUCACAAGUCAAUCUCGUUACUGAAGCAUUUGUGAACAAACACCAUCUCGUUAAACGCCCAUCUACCUAUAGUCUCGAAGGUAUUUCAUCUCAAACGGUACAUACAAGCUAUGUUGUGUCGUUUACGGUGAAAUCGCGUUUCAAUAAAGCUCAGCUGAAAAUCGAUGCUGAACUUAUUGGCUCACUACCUUACACGAUCGACUCGAAAAUGCAACGACACGUUGCCACGCUCGAACCAGACCUCGCUCUUGCCGAUUCGGAACUCGAAACCAGCCACGUUGACAUUCUCAUCGGUGCUGAAUACAUCAGUCGUAUCAUGACUGGCAACAAGAAGUUCGUCGGUGAUCUCGCAUUCGAAGAAUCGCUCUUCGGUUGGCUCACGAUCGGAGCUGUCAAAGUUCCACCUCUCGAACGAAAAUGCUGUUUGCUUAGUACAACAACGCACGACGUACUAGCUAAAUUUUGGGAAAUCGAAGAAGUCAAUCCUCCCAAGAUUACUCUCAGCGAACAUGAGCUUUGGGAAACCCACUUCCAAAGCACACGAAUUCGAUUACCUGAUGGCAGAUUCCAAGUUCGAUUACCUUUCAAGGAUUCAACUGAGAAACUCGCUAACACGUAUCCUCAAGCUCUCAGUGCUUUGUUAAAGUACGAGAAAUCGCCACUUCGACCUCGAUAUACCGAAUUCAUGCGCGAAUAUCUCAAUCUCGGUCACAUGCGUCUCGUUAAAGAUCCAGAUGCAGUUCAGCGAUACUACAUUCCGCACUUACCCGUGUUACGCGAAGACAGCUCGACUACAAAACUGCGCGUAGUGUUUAACGCUUCUGCCAAAAACAAAUCUGGUCUUUCUCUGAACGAUAUCUUGCUGAACGGUCCGAUUCGUCAAUCGUUUCUAUUCAAUAUUCUCAUUCGAUGGAGAAUUUUCCUAAUCGCCUUUUCUGCUGACAUCAAGAUGAUGUAUCGUUGUAUCGGUAUGAACGAAGAUGAUUGUCGAUUUCAAUCAAUCUUAUGGCGUUUCGAUCUUGAUCAACCUGUCGAAGUAUUCGAGCUCACAACUGUGACAUACGGAACAGGUCCAGCCGCUGCCGAUUCUACUGCCUGUGUCAACGAAGUAGCUGACACAGAAGUACACGAAGAUGAACCUGAAGUGAAAGAAGCGAUAAAGGAAAUGACCUAUAUGGAUGAUAUUCUAUCUGGUGCGGAAAACGUUCAAGCAGCUAUCGUUAAAGCGCAAAAAAUUCACAACGCGCUUAUGAAAGCUCAAUUUCCUUUGCGUAAAUAUGUCUCAAACUCGACUGAAUUUCUCACCUCGCUCGCUCCUGAACUCGUUGAAGAAUUGAAACCAGUAUCGUUUUGCUCUGAUGGAGUUGCAAAAAUACUUGGUCUUCAAUGGUACCCGAACGAAGAUGUGCUGCGUGUUCACCAUCAAACGGUGGAUAUUUCGAAAGUCACUCUCACCAAACGAGUGGUAUCCUCGUUAAUUGCCAGCAUCUUCGAUCCGCUCGGUCUCGUAAACCCCAUAUUGAUUCGAGGUAAAAUCUUGCUUCAAGAAAUAUGGCGGCAAGAUUUGGCGUGGGAUGACCAAAUUCCUCACAAAAUUGAAAAAAGUUUUCGAGAAUACUACCAAGACCUUGAAAAGCUGUUUUCUAUUCAAAUACCUCGCGCUUACUCGACAUUUGCUCCUGAUCGAUUCGAAUUAAUUGGAUUCAGUGAUGCAAGUGAAAAAGCUUAUGGUGCUGUCGUCUACAUCAAAUCGUAUUCUUCAUCAUCAAUCGCUGUCUCGCUCGUUGCCUCAAAGUCGAAAGUCACACCGAUGAAGGAGCUCAAAGUUCAUCGACUCGAAUUACUCGGUGCUGUACUGCUCGUUAAUCUACUCUCGAAUAUCUCCAAAAUGCUGAAAUACGACGUCUCGAAGUCACGAGUCUUCUCAGAUUCUCAAGUCGCACUCGCUUGGCUGAAAGGUCCAGCAUCUCGAUUCAAUACCUUCGUACGCAAUCGUAUCGAACACGUCAACUCGAUCAUACCGUACGCUCAAUGGAGUUACGUCAACACGAAAGAAAAUCCUGCUGAUUUGGUCACUCGAGGUGUAUCUAUCGAAUCGCUCAUCGACAAUCAACUUUGGCUCCAAGGACCUAGUUGGUUACAAACCAAAGAUACUCCGAAAGUCGAAAUUAGUUUACCCGAGCCACCUGAAAAACGUCGAACUGUAUUGCUGUUAUGUCAAGCAACUACAGAAGCAUUCAUCAGCGAAUAUUCAUCGUACGAAAAGCUGAUUCGAAUGGUUCGAUUGUUUGUAACGUUCUACGCUCGAUUAUCUCGUUACGAAUUGCGAAUUUCGAAGAUCAUGUUCGAAGAUCCACGAUUACCGAUUUACGUCAUCGCUCGAAUUUCUCAGCUUACUUGGUUCAAGAACGAAAUCGAAUCAAUCCAGAAUCAAGUACCUUUGAAAUCUCGUAACACGCUCGCUUCGAUAAGUCCUUUUCUCGAUCAGUUUGGAGUACUCCGGGUAGGAGGAAGGCUUCGAAAUAGUCGCUUCUCUUACGAUGUAAAGCACCCGAUCAUCUUACACGGACAGUCCGAGUACGCCAAACUACUCGCUCGACAUAUUCACGAAAAAUAUUACCACGCAUCACAAUCGUUUACUCGAUCAUUCAUACUCAGUCGCUACUGGAUAGUUACUGGAGUUCGGCGACUAGUGAAAAACACCAUCGAUAAUUGCGUCUGGUGUACUCGAAUGAAAGCUCAGACAGUUAGCCAAAUCAUGGGUGAUUUGCCUACUGAACGCUUAACCAUCGCUCGUCCGUUUACCAAUGCCAGUGUCGAUUACGGCGGUCCUUUCACGAUCAGAUGUACUAAUCAUCGAACACCAAAGUACAUCAAAUGUUAUGCCGCUUUCUUCGUUUGCUUGGUGACUCGCGCUGUAUUCAUCGAACCUGUGUCCGAUCUCUCGACGACUGCGUUUUUAGCCGCUUUUCAACGCUUCCGGAAUCGCCGAGGUACUCCUGCGAUAAUGUACUCCGAUAACGGAACGAAUUUCGUUGGUGCUAAGAACGAUCUCGAGAAAAAUAAUCCCGAACUCGCACUCGAAUGGAAAUUUAUUUCUCCUAGAACUCCACACCAAGGUGGAGUCUGGGAAGCUGCGGUCAAAGCUGGGAAAAAGCAUCUACUAGCUGCGACGAAAGGAGCUGUUCAAACCGAAGAAGAAUUCCGAACAGUUCUCACAGCUGUCGAGGCAAUCCUCAACUCUCGACCAUUAUAUGCCUCUCGUAAUUCGACCGAUGUUGAGGAGAUCGAUGUCCUCACUCCAUCUCAUUUCCUGAUUGGUUCAAGUUUGCUCGAAAAGGACGAUCCUAGCCCAUUCGAUAUUACAUUGGGCGAAAGAUUGACGCUUCAACGUCAGAUUAUCGAGUCAUUCUGGCAUAAUCUGAAAUCGAGCUAUCUUGCCAAACUUCAGACUCGCUCGAAAUGGAAAAAAGCCGAACCGAAUCUUUCAAUCGGUGAUAUCGUCAUAUUGAAAGAAAAUUCGUCGCCAUGUUCAUGGCCCCUCGGAAGAAUCAUCGAUGGCAAACCUGAUGCCAAAGGCCACCUACGAAAGGUCUCCGUUAAGGCCAAAGGAUCGAUUUUCCAACGAGGUGUCCAGGAAUUGGUCAAACUUCCAGUCGAAACGAAAAUCGCUGGAGAAUAACGUUCGAAUAAUUUUAAACUCGUUUUGGAUGUUCGAAUAAUGUAAAUAAUUGUUCCUUUUCAUGUAAAUUAUUGCAUUUUAUUCACUCGUUAAUUUUUAAAUUGUUUUUUGUUUUUUUUCUACUCGCUCGAAUGUAAAUAUCAUACGUAAUCGUAAUUUCUCGUUGUAUAGUUUAAGUACUACUCGAAUGUAUAUAAUUUAUUUAUAUUUAUUUCUUAAGACCCUUGGUCUUCCUGGGGGAGCUUUGUUUAGAUAAUAAUUACGCUCUCUAUCGGUAUUAGUUACCAUUUACCUCGUCUGUAUAUUUUCCCUUAUCUCUCUAUCAGUCCACUAUCAUCCGAAUGUGUAUCAUAACGUGUAAAUAUAGCAAGUAUGCUUUAA